GGUGGGAGUAGUGGAUAAAGCAUGUGUGUUAGCAGGGAGUGGAAAUCCAGACCAGAUUUUUUAAAACACAUCUGACAUGAAAUCCAACUGCAAGGGAAGAGAGUCAGAUUUCACAUACACAGUCAAAAAAAAACUGAAGGAGGGAGGAAAAAAAAAACCUGAAGGGUUGAAUGUGCUUGAAAGCCAAAAUCAUCAUCAUCAGCACAGGGAGAACAAAGAGGAGGACAGUCUAAAUUUGUGUGAGGUGUACAGGUAUCUGCACUGAAUUCUACCCAUGGCUGAGCACCUAAGGGUGCUGCCAGGAUCACUGAACCCAGUGUGCACCCUCCAGGUGAUACAGAUCUGGCAUCCAAUGCUGCAAAACGCCUGGGGACUUUAAAUGAGGAUUGUGGGUGACACCUCCAUACUGCAUUAAAAGAAAAAAAGGAGGGCUGUCCACGGGAGCUGACCUUCUUCAGGUCAAAUAACACAGCUCAUUGUGAAGAAAGGAGACAGAGAUGGAUUAGCAAUCAUUCAGCUACUGGAAGACAAGACAAGGAAAUCAGUGGGAGGAUGGUCAGAGAUUUCUGCCCCAGGGUGAGCUGGGAUGUAUUGUCUGAAUACUCAGACCUGUUACACAUGGUUGGAAGGAUUUGCCAUGCAGGGAUGAAAGAAGCAGUUGGGGCUGUCCAUGUUGUCCUACUGCAGUAGCUGAUCAUAUAAUAUGCACCCAGGGUCCUCUCUGUGGGUGUCCAUCAGACCAUCUGCUGAUGCAGUAAUCCUACCUUUUGAGCAGGGAAAGCCUGCAAUUUUUCAUCUGAUAUAAACACUAUAUUUUACCAGGAUCAUUCUUUAUAAACUGGAGCUGGGAAAAGAAUCUGCACCUUAAGAAAACAAGAAUAAGAGAGAAAAGAGACCUUGGUCCAGGGCAAUCUGCUGGAGGAUCACCGCUGGUACUGAUGCAUUCUCACCAAUGCCUGGACCUUCACUGUUUCUUUUUAAGCAGACCCCUCUCCUGGCCUUUUCUAUGGUCACAGGGGAGAGGUUCCUUAGUGAAUUGAAGGAGUACAAAGGUGUGCCCCGCACCCUGCCAACAUGCAGGUGAACCGACCUAGGAGUACUGCAUUUACAUACCCACCAUCCAGCCCUCGGGAGCAAACUGGAUCCUACGCAAAGCAGUUCCAAACCAGGCGCUUCUCUUAUCAUAUCAGUGGGAUUGCACCUGCCCCAAGUCCCCAGCACCUGCACCAUGAAGGUCCCCAACCGAGGCCUCAACCUCUGGUUAAAAGCCUCUCCCUGGAGCCGGCUCACAUCCCUGUACACCCAGAAAAGCCCCUAAGGCUCCGAUCUGACCCCGGAACCUCUUCGGACUGCAACGGGAGUCAUCCAGUCCCAGCAAGUCCCAAACCAGCAGCUCCCAGAUGCCACCCUGGUACCAAACCUGAAGUUCCCCCAAAACCUCCGCACCUGCAGAGCCUGAGAAGACCUCGUCCACCUGGUCACAUCCCCCCACCUCCUUCACGUCCGCUGCCGGCUGACCCCAGGCUUGCGCGUGUACCUCUGCCACGGCCAGACAGCAAGGAUGGGACACCCUCAGCCGUCACGUCCCUGAUAGAGAAAUUUGAGAGGGAGCCUAUCAUUCUUCCAGCUGAACGAACUGGCUCAGGUCACGACUCCCAGUCUGACCUGGAUGCUUCUCCCUCGCUUCGUCCAGGAUACAGUAUGGGGGAACUGGGGCAUAAACUGCUUGAUUUGCUCGAGCCAGAGGUUACCCAGGGCAGCUUGGAGAGAAGACGCAGGACUGGUUUGCGAGGGGGAGAUAACGAAGAAAGAGAGGAGCAGGACCCCGGGGGGAAACUUGCGAAUCGGGAUAGCGGCAUUGACAGCAUCAGUUCUCCGUCUACCAGCGAGGAGAUGUGUUUCCUUGGGGAAGUAGAGGAGGUCGGCCGGGAAGAAGCAGAAGCCCCUAAUACUAUUAGCAAAAAUUGCUCAGCUCGCGACUCUGAGGGAGACAGCGACAUGGAAGAUGGAAGUGGAGACGAGGGAGAGAUACCUCCUGAGAGGCUGGAUCCAUGCGAGUUCACAGCUCGACAGAAAGUGUAUAACAUCGCAAAUGAGCUUCUGCAGACAGAGAAAGCUUACGUUUCCAGGCUACAUUUGCUGGACCAGGUCUUCUGCGCACGGCUGCUGGAGGAAGCUGGAACAAAAGGUUCCUUCCCCUUGGAAGUGGUGAUGGGCAUCUUCUCCAACAUCUGCUCCAUAUACUGCUUCCACCAAAAGUUCCUGCUGCCAGAGCUGGAGAAAAGAAUGCAGGAGUGGGACAGUAACCCUCGAAUUGGAGACAUUCUGCAGAAAUUGGCUCCUUUUCUCAAAAUGUACGGGGAGUACGUCAAGAACUUUGACCGAGCCAUGGAAUUAUUAAACACGUGGACAGAGAGGUCCUCUCAGUUUAAAAGCAUCAUACAGGAGGUGCAGAAAGAGGAGGCCUGCGGGAAUCUAACGUUACAGCACCACAUGCUGGAGCCUGUGCAGAGGAUUCCCCGAUAUGAGCUGCUCCUGAAGGAUUAUCUCCAAAAACUGUCGGAGGAUUCCAGGGACCGGCGAGACGCCGAGAAGUCCUUGGAUCUGAUCGCUACCGCAGCGGAGCACUCCAACGCAGCCAUUAAGAAAAUGGAACGAAUGCACAAGCUCCUGAAAGUUUACGAGCUCCUAGGCGGCGAGGAGGAUAUUGUAAGCCCCACAAACGAGCUUAUUAAGGAGGGGCACAUACUCAAGCUGUCGGCAAAGAAUGGCACUACCCAGGACAGAUACCUUAUACUGUUCAAUGACCGGCUCCUAUAUUGCGUUCCCAAGUUGCGUCUGAUCGGUCAAAAGUACGGCGUACGCGCCAGGAUUGACGUGGAGGGCAUGGAGCUGAAGAACAGCAGUAGCCCCAACUUGUCGAGGACCUUCUUGGUGUCUGGGAAGCAGCGGUCUCUGGAGCUUCAGGCCAGAACCGAGGAGGAGAAAAAAGAAUGGACUCAGGCUAUAGAAGCUACAAUGAGCCGUUAUGAACAGACAAUGGAGACGUAUAAACUGCUCAAUUCCUCUCAUAGAGAAGACGAAGAGACUCCACCGAACUCACCGAACACAGACCUGGGAAGAAGAGCACCGACUCCUAUCAGGGAGAAGGAGGUAACCAUGUGCAUGAAGUGCCAGGAGACGUUCUCCAUCACCAAGAGAAGGCACCACUGCAAAGCUUGUGGACAUGUGGUUUGUGGAAAGUGCUCAGAGUUCCGAGCUCGGCUGGUUUACGACAACAACCGAACAAACCGCGUGUGCAUGGACUGUUACGGUGCCCUUCAUGGAUCUCUCCCCAUCCCGGUAUACAACGUGCACACACCUCAACGCAGAAAAUCCAUCUUAGAGAAACAGGCGUCUGUAGUAGCUGAGCACAGCGUGCUGUGCAGUUACAUGCAUUAUAUGGAAAAAGGCAUCAAGAGCUGGCACAAGGCCUGGUUUGUCAUCCCACAGAAUGAACCCUUGGUCCUCUACAUCUACGGGGCUCCUCAGGAUGUGAAAGCUCAGCGCAGCAUCCCACUAAUUGGGUUCGAGGUGACUCCGACCGAGCCGGGAGAGCGCUCUGAUCGCCGACACGUCUUCAAAAUCACCCAAAGCCAGCUAUGCUUCUAUUUCAGUCCCGAGACAGAGGACUUGCAACAUCGCUGGAUGAAUGCAUUGUCACGUGCUGGUCGGGGCGAGGACUUGAACACCAAAACCCUCAUACUUGAGUGUGAAGAAGAGCAUGAAGGGACAGGUGGAUCUCUAGGUGACACUUGAGGACAAACUCUAGCUCUCUCUUCUGGAGGAACAUAAGAUGUGUUGUUAGAACUGAUACAUUCAUCUUCAACAGACGACUAUUGUAUAUGUGAGGCUGGAUUCGGCUAUGGCAGCCUCACCUGGGGAGGGCUGGACUCACCCAUCGUACUUCCAUGUUCUGGGAAGCACCUGAAAAGAGGAUUAGAUGGAACCGGGGACAUCUGAUAAACUAAAUUAACUUUUUUCUCAGAAGCUUUCCCUGGGUAACCUGAAUGGGAUGAGGCUGGACUGUCCCAUCGUUGCCUACAUAAAGAGGACUGUUUGGGCUGGACUGACCUAUUAAUGCCUCAGCGCAAGAUAGAUGCUUCCUGAACUCAUCCUCGUCUCAAACCCAUCACCAGCACUUUCUUACUUUUUUUUUAUAUGUUAUGUAUUAUAAUUAUUUUAAUAAUAUUUAGCAACACCUUUUUUUUUUAAGUUCUGUUCUGUUGCCUGUUUGGAAUCCUGUGUAUCCCAAUGAGGUUUAUACAUCCUUAUAACCUUCAUGCCCACCCACUCCAUCUCCGCUCAAGGGUACGUUACAUUCUGCCAAAUCAUCUCUCAAUGUGCCAAAACACACACACUAUUUAAAUAUAUAUGUAUAUUUUUGCA